AUGUCGGCUACUUCGACACCUUACGGAGGAGGUCUGGAGAAUUCCUCAUAUCUCUGUCUACUUGGGUCAGAGGAUGAAGAUACUCUGUCAUGGUCCACAAGAAGAUUAUUUCGUCUUACACAGACCGUAAAUUUCGAUAGCUAUGAAGCUCCAGGAGUAUUACCAUCAUCUUUAGCAUUGAGGCAGACUCUCCCACCUACUAUUCAGGGUUUCGGAUUUUUCGUGUGUUCUUUAGUGACGGCGAGCAAAAGAACUUCCUCUCCACUUGGUGUGCUUCUGUCUACUCGUCAGUUACAACCCACCGAUGGUCGGCUUACAGUCACAGUCCACGUCGGAGACAAUGUCACACUCUCUGUGAUGAGUACAACGGGGAUCGAAGGGGAAGAUGGAAUAAGGUGGAAAAAGCUCAUCGAUUUCGACUGGACUGGUUCAAGUGGUUCACAAACCGAAGAUAGUUCCAACAGCCUAUCACAUACAAUCCAGUCUGCAUCUCUCUUAGAUGCCGGUGUCUAUUUGACAUUUGUAAAUGGAACACUGGAGGACCAUCGAUACAGCUUCAUCAGACUCAUUGUAAAGGAAUGCCCAUAUGGGAGAUGGAAUCCGCCAUCAUGUGAUCGUAUUUGUGACAACUGCUACAAUGGAGGUAUUUGUCACGAAUUAUCAGGAACAUGCAUCUGUCCUCCUGGCCAUGCUGGAGAGAACUGCCUCCGAGCAUGUGGGAGACAUAAGUUUGGCUGGGACUGUGAGUUCGAAUGUGGAGCUGGCCAGCUUUUGGACAAGUGUGCUGGAAGUCAGAUCUGUCUACCCGAUCCGUAUGGUUGCAACUGUCUCGCUGGGUAUACCGGAAUUUACUGCAACAAAACGUGUACCGAUGGAUGGUACGGUGCUGGUUGUCGUCAAACAUGCCACUGUGCUGAUGGGCAAGAUUGUAACGACACCACGGGAGAAUGCCCUGGAGAUUGCUCCAAAGAUUGGUCAGGUCCAGCGUGUCAAGUCCCUUCUGUUUGUCCUGCCGGGUAUUUUGGGUCCACGUGCUCUCAGAAAUGCAACUGCAGGAACGGUACAACUUGUGAUAAGAAUACUGGAUACUGCGACGACGUUGAAGGACUUUGUGAUGUGGGAUACGUUAUGGAUUCUGUAGAGUUUCCAUCAAGCUGUAUUACCUUUUCAGGAUGUUUUGGGUCUUGUUCGAAGACAUGUCAUUGUUCGAGUGGUAAUGACGAUUGCAACUUUUUAACCGGGAAUUGCAUUUCAUCCAAAUGCCAUCAACGCUGGAUGGGAGACCAGUGCCAAACAGACCGUUUUGAAGUAAGCUCGGAAAAGACCAAUCCUGGAGUUGCACACUUCCACUUCCAUUGUUCCUACACAACGUCACAAGAAAGUACUCAUUCCUCUGAAUAUCUAAAGGCAGCCGCAGGAAUGUUUUCUCCAGAUCACAUGAUAAGUUAUGUGAGCUCCAAUGUAUUAGAUACAUCCAUCAAUAAUUCAUUUUGGCAUGAGUACUUAGGCAAAGAAGAGCCUAUCUACUGCUAUGUCGGGAUGCCUGAAGACCCAUCCGGAUUUGCGUUCGUAAGACUUCCACCAAGAGAAUUCUUUGUUUUACCAAGCUACGGUGGUAGACCAGAACUAGUUGAAUCCGGAUACUACCAUGUUGUUGUCAGUUGGAGGCAGUGGAACUCAGAAAUUGAUACUGGGGAUGGACCUAUAGUCGGGUACAAGAUAUACGUCCGGUUGGGCACCAAGGUUAUAUACGAUGAUGAGGUCCAACCGCCAGGGGUGGGCCUACCUGAUAGCCCAGAACGUGUUCUUUCGAAGAGGUCUACAGACAAUGCCACGGAGAUGGUGACUUACAACGUUACCAAACUUGAAUCAGGGUCGACGUAUGCUAUUCAAAUUGCAGCGAUCCGAGACGGCAUCAAGGGGGAAGGGAAAUCAGGACCGAUAUUGACAAUAACAACAGAAAAUCUUCCCGUCACAGUGACUACACCCAAUUCAACUGACACAUCGUCUCAGGGUGGCAGUGGAACAGGUAGCUCCCUAGUAUCGGCAGCAGCAGGGGGAGCGGUUGGUGCCAUUCUGCUUAUUUUGAUUGUCAUCAUUGUAGUCAUCAUCGUAUUCAAGCGACGAAGGAACGGUACUAAAUCUCCCGUGGCCGCUGGCAUUAAGGACCAUGACAUAUCAGUUGAUUUACAAGACACAUCAUUAGAUGGAGGAAAUGAGUAUAGCGGACGAGCCUCCGUUACGAAUCCGGAGCAAGCACCUCCAAGGAGCACGAGACAUAAGCCACCUGUAGCAGCCAGACCUUCGCGUCGGGAGACUGAUGUAUUCGACUCCGAUUUCAUGGCUGGAUCAUCUGGGCAAUCUGGCGUCAAACCUCCCACGACACGGCAGCCAAUUCCUACAGCUCAGUUUCUUACGUUCGUCAAUGCCAACAGACACACUAAACUCUUCUCGAAUGAAUUUCAUGACUUACCUGGCGCAGACAUCUAUCCACAGACUGUGGCUCGAGAAAAGAUCAAUUAUACAAAGAAUAGAUACAAGAAUAUUCUACCAUAUGAUUCUGCGAGGGUCAAGCUCGAUGUCAUCAACGCUGAUCCUCAUUCUGAUUAUUUCAACGCUUCCUACAUUCCUAGCUUUGAAAAUGACAGGGCCUUUAUCGCAUCGCAAGGACCAAACAAGGAUUCCAUGAACGAUUUCUGGAGGAUGAUCUGGCAGGAAAAUGUAACAACCAUUGCUAUGGUAACGAGGCUUCAAGAAGGUGACAAGAUAAAAUGCCGUCAGUACUGGCCAAGUCAACAAGGCGAUUCAGUGAUGUUUGGAAAUAUCAAGGUAGAACUGAUAUUACUGGAACCGUGCAACGGUGGAGUCAAGAGGAAAAUGAUAAUGAGAAAGGAUGAGCAGUGUAGGACUGUCACCCAGUUUCACUUCCGGGUGUGGCCAGACAAAGGUGUACCCAAACACACUUCACUGCUUCUCAAGUUCAUCAGGGAAGUCAAGUCCCAUCAUGGACCAAAUCCGCAUCCUCUGGUCAUUCACUGCAGUGCUGGUGUUGGACGAACAGGUGUUGUGAUCAGCAUCGAUAGCAUAGUAGCUCACGCCAAGAGGACGGGGAUGGUUGAUGUCUUCAGCUUCGUCACGAAAAUCAGACAGAAUCGACCAUACAUGGUCCAAACACAGGAACAAUAUGCCUUCAUCUAUGCGGCUGUACUGGAGGAUCUACUCUGGAAGGAUACUGGAAUUCCUUUGAUUCAUUUCUCGGCUCAUCUUCAAGAUUUGCAUGCUUCCGUGGAUGAAUAUGGACUGUCGAAGAUGACCAAGGAGUUUGAGACUCUGAAAAGCCUCUGCCCAGAUCCUCCAGCUUCACAAACGAGAUCAGGACGAACGCCAGAGAAUCAUCAUAAGAAUAGAUACGGCAACAACCUACCACUGCAGAGGAAUCGGGUGAUGGUAGACUCUCCAGACAAUGAUUACAUCAACGCUAGUUACGUGAAGGGGGUUCAUUGUUAUUUCCUGACUACCCAGAUGCCCAUGCCAAACACUGUUGCAGAUUUCUGCUGUAUGAUUCUUACUAAAAAACCGUCUAUUGUAGUCAUGCUCAACGAUAAAAGUCAAGAUGACAAGAGUUGUGCACAAUACUGGUCCGAUCAAGGAGAGGCCCGGUUUGGAUCCUACACAGUUGCUAUCUUAUCAACAUCAUCUGAUGAUGACAUGAUCGUUCGACAACUAGUGAUUACCAGCGACACAGAUACCCACCACACUGUGACUCAGUACCAGUUUCUUGGAUGGCCUUCUCACGGAUCAGACCACCGAUCCGGAGCAUGGUCGUUGCUGAAGCUCAUCCGUGCUGUCAAAGGCUCCAUCACCAAUAAGAAAGACUUUUCUCUUCUUGUCCAUUGUUUGAGUGGUGUUGGACGUACAGGUGCAUUUUGCAGUAUAUUGGAAUGCAUCGCUCAGAUGGAAGAGAGUGAUUCCGUAGAUAUCUUUCAGACUGUCAAGUUCCUGCGAGCUGAUAGGAUGCAGUUUGUCCAAACCGAGGAGGAAUAUUCUUUCAUAUACGAUGUCAUCAAUGCAUACAUGUCCUCUGAAAACUAUGAGCAAUUGCCAUAUCCGAUCGAUGACCAUACAUACGGCAAUGUAGAGACUGACGACUACGCUCUUGACCCGGAAGAAAACCCAUAUGAGGUCACAGAUCCCCAAGACGGAGGCGCCACUGCACUCGUAUAUAGCAAUACGGAGAUGGAGACACCCAGACGGAGUCGGGGGAGUCGGGUGCCAAAGCCUCAAGAAACGUACAGUGUUUAUGAAAAUAUGGAAUUCAAAUCGUAGAUUGAAAUCGCUAAAGUGAUUUACGGCUUUCUUUAUGUUGAUAUAAAGACGUGCUGUCUUUUGUUGGUAAAAAUGGGUAUGGGGAUGUAUCUUUUAUUAUUAUUUUGUUCUCUUUCGCUAAUCGUUAGGCACUUAAAGCAAUGUGUUGUCCAGUAAAUGUCACUAGAUGAUCACAUCCUGAGGCGUUAGAUUGCAAACAAGAGACUGAACACAGCACCAAAAAGUGUAAAUGUAAUAACCCAUUGCUGGUGUUGUAUUAUAUAGUGGUGCUAAAAGGUUAGUGAACCCCACCUAAAAAUGAACAUAUCUAAAGUUGUUCAAACUUUACCAUGUUUUAGAUAUUUUAUUUUGAAAUCAGGUGAUAAAAUAUCACAUUCAUUGUAGUUUGUUUCUCUGGGCUUGCCGAACAUUGUCGUGUUGUAAUCGACAUUUAAAUCUUAGCAUGAAUGAGUGCAUUUUGCGGUGGGAUUUACUAUCUUUCGAGCACAAUUGUAGGUAUUGAACGAAAACACCAGCAAUUUAACACCGGAGUAAAAUUACUGGUCUGGUCCGCUAUACACCAAACAACACCUUAGUUUUUGCCGGGUGAUGCACCGGAAACGUCAUGUGGAAGUACAUGUAUUAUGUAUUCCGUGCUUCAUCAAGCAAGGUGUGAAUAUCUGCUGGAUAUUUCCUUCCAUACUGAAGAUAAUUAGUAAUCUCGUGAAUGAUUAAAAACUGAUAAAUGCAUAAGACACCGAACAGCGCAUU